AUGUACGUCUACCUGGCUGAAUUCUUGAUGCAGUUAGAGACUUUCAUAGCCGACCAUGAGGAUCAUUUCCCCGGGGGCGCUGAGCGGGUGGCCUUUCUGAUCUCCUUUUUCACCGGUGAAGCCAAAGACUGGGCCGUCUCGGUCACCCAGGAGGGAAGCCCCCUGCAUGCCAACUUCCCGCGCUUCCUGGAUGAAAUCCGUAAGGAAUUCUGUGGCCCCAUCCCCCCAAGUGUGGCCAAAAAGGCCAUCCGCAAGCUCAAGCAGGGUGACUGUACCCUGGGCAGCUAUGCAGAUGCUUUUCAGUUCCUGGCUCAAUUCUUGUCUUGGGAUGACUGCCGCCUUCAGAACCAAUUCCUCAAAGGCCUUUCAGAAUUCUUCCGCAAGGAGCUCUUAUGGUCAACUGAAAUGGCCGACCUGGACGAGCUGAUUCUUGAAUGCGUGGAGAUAGAAAGAAAAGUGCGUGUCCCCAAGCCGAUCCCCCUCCCUGGGGUUCGCAAUAUCUUCUUCCCUUUUGCAGAAGACCCUAACCUCGAAGGUGAAGAAGGCGAAGAGUGCCACAGUGGGGAAGAUGAAGAGACGCGCAGGCGCAGGCUUCACGACAAGGACCAGCGGAGGCGCGUGAGAGCUAUUCAGCAAGAGACUAGGGAGGAGGAGGAGAAGAGGAAGAAGGAGGAAGAGAUGAGGAAGAAGCAGCUGAAACAGAAAGGUGAGAAGGACGAGGAGGAGGAGGAAGAAGAGGAGGAGGAGGAAGAGGAGGAAGGAGAGGAGGAGAUGAGGGAGAAGAAGGAGGAGGAAGAUCAGAAUAAGGAGGAGGAAGAAGAGGAAGAUGAGAGCGGCCGCCAGGAACCGGAGCAGGAGCCGGAGCAGGAGCAGGAGCAAGAGACGGAGGACGAGACCCAAGACGACGACCUGGAUGAGCUGAUGGAGAUGGAGCCCACAUAUGCCAACGCUUCGUCCCAGACUUCCGGCUACUAUCAUGAAAAUUUCCUAGAUGUGUCGCCUCCCAUCGUACAGCCCAGCAGACGGAGGAACCAGAAUCGAGUCCCACUUCUGGAGGGCCUUCCAGGGACCAAUUCGCCCUUCUACAGUUCGCCGCCACUGAUUCGCCGCGCAGGUCGCCUGGGGCAACGUCAAAUUCGUAGACGGCCCCCUGUGCUCUUCCGCCUCACUCCGAGACAGGGGGGCCACCGGGCUGCACGGGGCCGCAUUCGCGUGUGAGCCCUGGGGCGAGCCGGCCCCCCCGGAACACACCCUUCUACUGCGUCCCCUGCCCCUGCUAUCGCUGCCACACCUGCCCCAUUCACAGACCAGUACUUAAGGGAGAUCCAGACCUGCAGAACCCGAAGAAGAGCUGUAGAACUCCAGACCAUCCUGUGACCGAGACCAGGGAGUGACACGUGCCUGGCCGAGGCCACCUGGGAAAGGAGGGCUCGGCAAUCGCUGUCCUCUCAGUGUGCAUGCUGCUCAGUCCUGCCACGAGCUGGAGAGCAGGUUUCUGGGCCUGUUCCCAUUCAUGGACUGGUCACCCUCUUGUAUUUCCCCUCUAGUUGUCCCCAGCCCUCACUUCUGCGUUUAUUCACUCUGUGUUCUCCAGUUUAAUCCUCUGACUGGCUCACCAGGACUUCACCCAAUGCCUCACUGAUCUGCCCCAAUGAAUGAAAGGACAGGCUCCGCUGAACUCCUAAAGCCACUGAGGCCACUUCCUGGGUAUAAUCGGCAGAGAGUGGGAUGCUACAAGAAACAUGCCUGGAAGCCUGCACUUGCUUCCCGUCACACCUCCAGCAGAAGGGCCCCAAAGAGGCCCCUGCAUCUAGCCCAGUGAGAAGAUGUGAAACCAUGUGUCCCAUGGACCACCUGGCUGAGACCUGUUCUUGACUGACAGAGCAAGCUGGUUCCACCUUCUCACAGAUGACUGGCCCAGGGCCUCAGAGCUCGCCAGAUGUGGGACCCUCUCCUCUCCUGACACUGCCCUCCUGGGCAUCCUCAGUGGACAGAGCCCGAUGUUUCAGGCCCUCCCCCUUUCCUUGAUCUUGCCUAAAGGGUAGGCAUGGGGUGGGGGAGGAGGAGGAGAAGCAGCAGUACCAUCACAGUGUGACCUUGGGAGGAGUGACUCUUUCCUUAGGGACGGUGGUCUCCUCCCCCGGCCAGGCCUUGGACUGCAGUCUCCAGCCAAAGGCCUUGGCAGAGAUUUGCUGUCCUUGGGGUUCUGGAGGAAGCCUAAUUGGCUUUUCCAAAGAGAGAGCGGUCUGAGGCCUGCUCUUUAACUCUAAAUUAAAGGACUCAGUUCUGAGAGGAGAGAGGAAGGGUCUCUCUACAGACUGUACCCAUUGCGGUCUCACAGGAUGUACUGGCAUCUCACGCAGGGCCCGCCAGGGCCUGGUGCUGGGCAUGGAGUAUAUGGUGAGGCUUAAGAGGUUGACUGCCUAGUAGUAACUCCUGGGACUUCUGGGUACUAACUCAGCGGCCCUUGUAGAGACUUGCUGCUUGCCUGGGGUCCAGAAAACACUGCUUCGGCAGCGGAGUACACACUAUGUCACUCUGGCCACAGAAUGCCAGCCAGAUCCACUGCUGGCCUGAACUGUCCUCCAUACUGGGCUUCCUGCACGGGGCCCAGCAGCUGGGCAAGUGCAGCCAAAGUGUCUGUGGCCAGAGAGAGGAAAACAUAGUAAACUAAGCCUCUGCUCCUCACCGGAGUCUGACAGAUAAUCUCAGCCCAGCCUUAGGAUUCUGAGCCCAGAGGCAAGAGGAUGGAGCUGGAGGAAGAGGAGGAACCCAGUCCUCCGCUGGUUUCUGGUGAGGUCUCUAUUCAUCGAUGGGAGCUGUUUCCUCAGGAGAGAGUUCCAGAAGGGGAAGCGCUAUUCUCUGAGGCGACGGAGCCUGUUUGCUGAUGGUCAACACGCUGGCUGCCCACGUCCCUGCCGGAGAAGUGCAGAGGCAAGGUGCCUCGCACCCCUGCCUCCAGGGACCCCUUAGCACAGGCCCUGCCUGUGGCCAUGGUGCUUCUCAUCCUGAGCCCGUGGAGCCUCAGCCAGGGAAAGAGCAGAUGAGCAGUGAGCUGGUUUCUGGCCCUCUGGUGGCAAAGGGGCUGGGGCUUCCCUUUGACCCUCUUCCCCCCUUUCCCAGAUCUUCAGUAUUGUGAUGUAACAGCCACAAGAGCUGUAAGAAGGACUGUGGGCUCUGGGAAACUUUCUUGGGUUGAAAGAAGUGGGGUGGGGGUGGGGGUGGGGGAUGCAUGCCGGGGUCUGAAGGCAGUCCAAGAAUUUCCAGAGACCCGGGAAGACAUCGUUUGAAACGAAUGUGUUACUGUGUUCUUGUUGCAUUACUGUGUUGUGAAGAUAAGAAGUUAUUCUGUACGCUAAAGCUUUCUCCUCAAUAAAAAUAUAAAGGGUGUGUAAA